UGGCUCAGCCUCGAUUCAACUGUGGAGUAAACAACGGGAUCCUCAUCUUUUCGAAUCAUGUGAAGGUUAAGUUAAUUAAUGCAUCUCAUCGAAUUAAGGUUUAUGAGCAAUCCAAUCCGAUUGAUACCUUUGAGAAGAAGGUUAAUAAAGAAAGUGGAAUCUGCCAUAAACAAUCCGAGUCUCUGUUUGGUUUACUUUUUCGUUGUUUUUGUUAUCGCUGCGCCCCUUCUACUCUCUCUUUUCCUCUUGCGGAUUCUUCAACGCAGUUCUUCGCUGUCACUGACAAAACCCAUUUGAGAUAACGAAGAAGAGAUCGGAGAAAUUGAUUGAUCGCAAGAAAUCAACCGAUUUGCUUUGUGGGUUUCAUUUCGGUGGAGUUAAGAAUGCAGGCUUCGGCGUUGGUCAAAAGUGGCGUAAGUUGUUGUUCUUCUUCUGGAUUUCAAAACCGGAGGGUCUUGGGGGAAUCUGGAAGGCGUUUGGGAUUAGGAAAGCUUCGAAUGACUGAAAGAAGUGGUUUCUGUGGUUUGAGUUUUGGUUCUGAAAUCAUGGAGACUGAGAUGAGGCGUGUUCGGCUUGGAUUUGAUGGCGUUUCUCGCUCGUCUGCUAAUUACAAGUCACUCAAGACACAUGCUUAUGAUGAGGAUGUGGGGGAUGUUGUUCCUGCCAAGCCUAACAAUAAAUCUUCCGGAACUGUUCUACCAUUUGUUGGCGUUGCUUGUUUAGGAGCCAUAUUAUUCGGUUACCACCUCGGGGUCGUAAACGGUGCGCUUGAGUACCUCUCCAAGGAUCUUGGAAUUUUGGAAAAUACUGUUGUACAAGGAUGGAUAGUCAGUACACUCCUUAUUGGUGCCACAAUUGGAUCUUUUGUUGGCGGGACAUUCGCUGACAAGUUCGGCAGAACUAGGAGCUUUCAGUUGGAUGCAAUCCCACUCACAGUUGGAGCAAUUCUAUGUGCUACUGCUCAGAGUGUGCAAACUAUGAUAAUUGGGCGCCUACUCACAGGCCUUGGCAUUGGUAUUUCAUCAGCUAUUGUCCCACUUUACAUAUCUGAGAUUUCACCAACUGAAAUUCGUGGAACGCUUGGAUCUGUGAAUCAACUGUUUAUAUGCGUUGGAAUCCUUGCAGCGUUGGUAGCUGGAUUACCUUUGGUGGGCAACCCUGCUUGGUGGAGGACGAUGUUUGGUAUAUCUAUGGUUCCAGCCGUUCUAUUGGCAGUUGGAAUGGCGAUAUCUCCCGAAAGUCCACGUUGGCUUUAUCAGCAAGGGAGACUCCCAGAGGCUGAGAGAGCUAUUAAAACACUCUAUGGAAAAGAUAGAGUAGUAGAAGUUAUUCAAGACUUCACAGCAGCCAGCCAAGGUUCUGUAGAACCUGAAGCAGGGUGGUCUGAUCUGUUCAGUAGCCGCUAUUGGAAGAUUGUUAGCAUUGGUGCUGCACUCUUCCUGUUCCAGCAGCUAUCCGGGAUUAACGCCGUCGUAUAUUAUUCGACUUCGGUAUUUCGUAGCGCUGGAGUUGCUUCCGACAUUGCAGCGAGUGCUCUCGUUGCAGCAGCUAACGUCUUUGGCACGACUAUUGCAUCUUCUUUAAUGGAUCGCCAGGGACGGAAAAGUCUUCUAACAAUUAGCUUUUGUGGAAUGGCCGCAUCUAUGUUGCUGCUCUCACUGACCUUCAGUUGGAGCGCCUUGGCACCCUAUUCUGGCACCCUAGCUGUUCUUGGGACUGUUCUUUAUGUGUUAUCGUUCUCGCUUGGGGCAGGUCCGGUCCCAGGCCUUCUUCUACCAGAAAUAUUUGCGUCGAGAAUCCGAGCGAAAGCUGUUGCUUUAUCUUUAGGAACUCAUUGGAUCUCGAACUUCUUCAUCGGCCUCUAUUUCCUGAGUUUCGUAAACAAGUUUGGCAUUAGUACGGUGUACUUCGGAUUCGGCAUCGUCUGUUUGCUUGCUGUAUUGUAUGUAGCUCGUAAUAUCGUCGAGACAAAGGGGCGGUCGCUGGAGGAAAUAGAGCAAAUUCUUAGUGCCACAGCUUGAAGAAUUUGGCCUCUGAUUUGUACUAUCAAACUUCUUUUCUUCUUUUUGUUGUUCAUAUUUGUAGGUUUAGGUGGAACAACUUAGGGACAUUAAUAAAGAACCCACCCACUGUCUUUUUGAACUCUCUAAUUCAAUAAGUUGAUGCUGUUCAUCGUUUUCUUUU